CAGACGACGAUGGCAAUGGCGAAAUGGUUGGCGCGGCGAGGAACCAGAGCGGCUGCGAAAUUCCAUCCGCCGGUGUGUAUUUAUGCACUCCCUGAUUUCUCCUCACCGCACGACCCAAGCGAUUCCUCUCGAUGCCACGGCGAGCCGAGUCGCCGAACGAGACAGGACAAAAAAGGUAGGAUUCCGGCGCUGGUUCUCUCCCGAGAUCUGCUCGAUCCUCCGCCUCCAGGAAGCGGCUGUUGACGACGGAGAAGAAGCAAAAUGCAAGCCAUCCUUAAUUCGGUGGAAUCACCUUUCGUUAUUCAGAUUGGAAAUGAGGGGUAACCGGUUGAACCAGUUUAGAACAACUCUCAAGCUUCUCUGUCCUGUGGAGAACAUCCUCACAAGAUAGAGGUUGAUCUGAGCAAUAUGGACAUUGGUGAGUGAAUAUUCAUGUGGGUGGCAAUGUGCAUUUGUCCCCUGUAUGUAAUGUUGUUUCAUCGUGAACCUAAGAAUACAUCCCUAAAUAGAAGUUAAUUGCAGUUUCCCUAAGCCUAUGUCGAUUCCGCUCACCCUCCUUUUGCUCAUAUAUGACUAGCAUGACAGGUUUUCCGUAGUGCUGGAUUACGAAGCUUCAAUCACUCAUUGGCAGCUGGGUCGUGGUAUGCGACAGGACUCGGGAUAGUAUCCGAGCGGUGGGAAUCUCGUUGAGAAGAAACCUAAUUCUUGCUUUUCCUCCACCUCCAGGAAGCGGCUGUUGACAACCAGUAAGAAGGAAGUGUAAAGAUACUCAAUUUGGUGUUUGUCAUGGCACUGAAACGAAAGUUGCUUUAAAAAGGAAGAUAAUCUCCCUGGUCUCUGCAAAGGUAAUUUGCAACUUCCUUUAUUUAGAUUGGUCACUUUGCUAAGUAGUUCUUGGUCAGAAUUCGGAAGAGAUGUCUUUCUGUUUGACAUUCCUUUUCGCAAAGUUCCCCUAAUGGCUGUGAUCAGUUACAAAUUUACGUGGUACAAUAUUGUUGUUCUCCUUAAUUACAUUAUGUCGCCGCAAUGCUGUAAUGCGGUAAACGUAAGAAUAUAUCCCCUGCUGCAUCAUUGUACUAAUACGGUAAUACCCCAUGCUUUAUGCCCUUAGUUCCGCCUGUCUCCUGAUUCCUGCUUCAUGUCUAGAUUUCACUUUUCUCAUAUUGGUUAGCUGCCACAGUUUGCAUUCAUUGGCUAAAGAACUUAAUGUGCUAGCUGAGGCUACUUGAGUUUACCAUUGAUGAGCCUGAGCAUAUACUCUCUCAUAAUAUACUAAAACGAACCGUUGUUGAUCGAAUACACUUAAUUGAUGUGUUAGCAUUUUGAUUCUGAUGGACAGGUGACCGAUUCAACCAAUCUGGAACCAGUCUCGAGUUUUUGUGUCCUGCUGAAAACAUCCCUCAGAAGAUCGCGGUUGACUGGAGCAGUCUGGACAUUGGAGAGCGGAUUUUCUCUUGAGAUCGAUGUCAAUCCAUCGCUGAAGCGUCUAAGGAUGAGAUCACCCCUGUAUGCAAGGCUUUUUGGGCACAAACUUAUGUCGAUUUGCUGCUACCCCUCCUGGUUCAUAUAUGAAGUGCAGGAUAGGUUUUCCAUAGUGUUCAUUCACAAUGACUGUUUAUGUACACACAUUUGCGGCUUGCGAUAAUUUGAUGAGACCAAGGAACUCGAGCUUUGUUAAUAAUAUGCUAAUUUAGAG